CCUGAAGACCGCGCAGUGUUGCCUACCGUGGCAGGGGAGCACAACACUUGCCGUUUAAAAAUAAUUAUUAUUUUUACUAAUUCUUUCGUUAAUAUAACAUAUGUAUUGUAUAUGUAAAUUUAUAUGUCCUAUUUGUUUAAAGUGGUGAAAAUAGUAAUUACAUAUGAGGACUAAAUUGAAAUCACGAGCAUUAUAUUCCCUAUCGUAGGAUUUUGGAGGUUUUAUUAUUGGUUUAUAGACACUUAAAAUGACGUGACGCUGGGAGACUAUAAUUAUAUUUAUUAAUAAUUGUUAUUAAUUACGCGCUGUUUAAUAUUUAUCAGUUGUUAAGAGAUUGUAAUUUUAAAUUGAGAGACUUUAGAUGGUUUGUAACUAAACGGGCCCACGCGCUUUGCUAUUUGACGGCUCUGGUGAUCGUGUUAAAAUUUAAUUAUUAAAUUAUUAAUUACGGUUUGUCAUAAUUACGUCAUUGUUACAUAGUUUUUAGAGGGAUUAGAAAUUGCGACAUAUCCGACUCAUAUCGACCAGACUUGUAAAUAAUAACAGUGUCCAAUGUUUGUUUCAAUUAUUAAAUAAUAAUUACAAUAGUUAUUAAAUAAUAAUACUUUGAUAAAUAAAUGUGAAUAAAUAUUUGUGGGUGCCUCAUGUUUCAAUAAAAUAGUGCCUAAUACUUGCAAUAAAAAGAAGAGGAGGAUAUGAUAUUUUAAAUUCAUUGUCUAUCCGUGGUGAUUUAAACUGCGGACACUUUGGGGCAAUUGGAUGUAAUUAAAAACGAAUGUGCAUACCACUACUGAAUAGUGAGCACGCGCUGGUGCACGUUAGCGGAAUCACAGCCGUUAGAAUUAGUUAUGUCACAAUUAAUGCUAUGCAAUCUUGCGAAUACUUCAACUGCGGGAAAUUAUACCAACAAUAACGCUAGUAGCAGCAUGGAGGACGACGACUCAUAUCCACUGCCCACUAUUUAUCGGUGUCGUGCUCCUAUAGCGAGUCUUGAUUGUAUGGAAGAGUUCAAUGGUAGUACUGGUGGUGCAGACUCGGGGAUCCAUUGUAGUACGACGCAGCAAGGUACAAAAGAACAACUACUGACGAGUUGCAUAACGUCCCAAAGCCAACGUUCACAACAUCCAUCUCCGGGUAUUCGUUACCGCAACUUGGGUAAAAGCGGUCUUCGUGUUUCUAAUGUUGGGUUAGGUACAUGGACAACAUUUGGCGGGUUGGGUGGAUGCACCAGCGAGGAAACAGCAGAAGCUAUUGUGGCCUUGGCCUAUGACAGUGGUAUCAAUGUGUUCGACCUUAGUGAAGCGCACAGUGGUCAUAGGGCUGAAAUCCAACUUGGUCGUAUUCUCUUACGACGGGGCUGGAACCGCUCCAGCUACAUUGUCACCACUAAAAUCUACUGGAGCACCAAAAGUGAGGGACGAGGUCUAUCCAGGAAACAUAUUAUCGAAACCGUUCAGGCGUCCCUAUCGAGGCUACAAUUGUCGUAUAUCGACAUUGUGAUGAUUCACAAGGUCGAUCCAAUGUGUCCGAUGGAAGAAAUCGUUCGAGCUAUGAAUUAUGUUAUAAAUAGAGGAUGGGUGAUGUAUUGGGGUACGUCAAGAUGGUCACCGGUUGAAAUAAUGGAAGCUUACUCGAAUUGCAGACAGUUUAAUUGCGUUACGCCAAUUGUUGAACAAGCAGAGUAUCAUUUAUUUUAUAGAGAUAAACCAGAACUUUAUAUGCCGGAAUUGUACAACAAAAUUGGCGUCGGUUUGAUGGCGUGGUCAACCGUUACGAUUGGUAUGGUUUCGAAGCCCGAUGAGUGCGGAGUUUCUUUUCUAUCAAGAUCCUCCUACAAGAAUAAAUACUCGUCGUUUAGUUGGACGGAGGAUGAAACACAAUCGUUAUACAAAGAAAGUCGCCGUGAUCCUCUGACACCAGAAAUAAGAGAGCGAACAAUGGAUGAAGAACCACCCAGGAAACCAUCGGAUAAAUUGCGGGAUGUAUGUGCGCUGGCUGAUCGAUUAGGAUGUUCCUUUGGGCAACUGGCGAUAGCGUGGUCCCUCAAAAACGAAAGCGUUCAGUGCCUUCUUCUUGGAGCGUCAAAUAUCGAACAGCUUUAUGAAAGUUUACAAAGUUUACAGCUCAUACCAAAACUGAAUUCGAGUAUGAUGUUGGAAAUCGAAAGGAUACUAGAUAAUAAACCGUCCCGACCACCAAUGAUUUCAACCCUGGCGCUUAGAUGACAAUCGGCUGGGCCCCCGGGAAGCACUGGGGGCAGCGUGGAUGGAGCUGGAAGUCCUAAAAGCGAAACUGGACAAAGCAAUGAUCAAGAUAAAGAUGCGACCAAUAAGCUAUCAUUUUGUGAAAUACAAUGAAUAGUUAUUCACACUUUGUGGUGGUUUAAUACUCAGGGCACCGUGGCAAUUUCAGCUUUAAAGCCCGACCGCAGAUUUGUAGUAAUAACAGUAUUACAAUCUCCGAUAAUAUUUAAUAAUGCUUUGUAUUAAAGAUGUUACGAAGCUUAUACCAACCCACGACAAUAUUCCGGGUCACUUGAGGUAUUUAUAAUAUUAAAACAGUAAUAUUAAUAAUAAUGAUAACAAUUGUCGAUAUUUGACUUUUUAAUCGAUAAAAUUAGUUAUAAUUAUAAUAAUGUACACAUGUGUAUACAGUAUUGUCCAAAUGAAGAUACAUUUUUUCUUCGCAAUAUUAUUUUAUUUACAAUAAUGUGUAAUCGCAACAAACACACUCGAUUUAUUAAAUUAUAAAUAAUAAAUUAUAAUAACAACAUC